AUGACCAGUAAAAGUAUUGAUUUUCCAUCUCAUAAAACAUGCGAUAAUUGUCAUAUACUCAAAGAAAUUACUAAAUUUCUUAAAAAUAAUAAAGCCUUAGUUUGGUGUCAAUCAUACAUUGAUGAAUUUGUGUAUAACUCUUUAAUUUCCUUGAAAAAUGCUAAUAACUUUUAUGAAAAUGAUAAUGUCGAAUUGGUGAUUAGUUUUGAUGUUGAGUUGUCCUCUCUUAUUAUUACAAUAUUAGAUGAGGAUAAAGAAAAUUUUAAUAAUAAUGAAAAACUUUACCUUGAAGUUGCUCGUCAUACAGCAAAAUUUAUUGAAAAUGGAGAUGGUUAUAG